AUGGAUGCCACGGACAUGCCCCUCCAAGCUGAGAUGGUGGAGCUGGUGCCCAACGGGAAGCACGCGGCCGCACUCACUGCCUCCGCCAUCCCCUCACUGGCAGGCGACAGGUUUGAGGAGAACCAGUCUGGUGCGGCAGAGAUGGAGGAGUUCCUGCCCCAUGGUGCUGAGAAGAAGCAGACGCACUUCACCGAUUUUGAAGGGAAGACGUCUUUUGGGAUGUCCGUCUUCAACCUGAGCAACGCCAUCAUGGGCAGCGGAAUCCUGGGGCUGGCCUAUGCCAUGGCCAACACCGGCAUCAUCCUCUUCCUCUUCCUCCUGACGGCGGUGGCCCUGCUCUCCAGCUACUCCAUCCACCUGCUGCUCAAGUCCUCGGGCAUCGUGGGCAUCCGUGCCUACGAGCAGCUGGGCUACCGAGCCUUCGGCACACCAGGGAAGCUGGCCGCGGCCAUUGCCAUCACGCUGCAGAACAUCGGAGCCAUGUCCAGCUACCUGUACAUCGUCAAAUCCGAAGUGCCUCUCGUCAUCCAGACCUUCCUCAACCUGGAGGAGAAGACCACGGACUGGUAUAUGAACGGGAACUACCUGGUGAUCCUGGUUUCUGUCACCAUCAUCCUGCCCCUGGCCCUCAUGAAGCAGCUGGGUAAGUCAGGGGGAUGCUCUGGUGCUGGGGGCUAGUGGCACUGGGCACUGACUGUCCCCAUUUCCCCCCUGCCCCAGGUCAUCUACAAGAAGUUUCAGAUUCCCUGCCCGCUCCCCGAGCAGGAGGGGAACCUCACGGGCAGUCUCAACUCUACCCCCAUCAUCACCAGCGACUACCAGAACGGCUACACCGUUCUCCAGGCAGCUGACCAGGGCACCUGCACCCCCAGCUUCUUCACCCUGAACUCCCAGACAGCGUACACCAUCCCCAUCAUGGCCUUUGCCUUCGUCUGCCACCCUGAGGUCCUGCCCAUCUACACCGAGCUGAAGGA